AUGGACUCUUUGGAAAACACAAAAAACAGCCACCUUUUCUCAGAAAGCAGAGAAUUAUCUCCAAGAGAUCUAGUGUGCUGGACAAGGGAGGAAACUAGUAAGGCAACCACCUCUAAUGUGAUUUCCCAAAUAUCGAGUUUAAGAGACGACACCAGCCAGAAAUGUUGUCUAAGACUGACCGGUUGAUACAGCAGCAAAUCGCUCGAUACUUCAGCCGGUUAUCUGCCGCAACAAAAAUUGGUUUAUUGAUGAGGUCCCCCUCUGUAAAUACGAAUAAGGAAGGAGAGGCCGAUGCCAAUGAUCUAGCUUCAGAAUUCGAAACUGACCGAACAAGGCAGAAGAUAAGGAGAGACCUUGCAAAAUUUAGACGAAGACUGCAGGAGAGGGUAAAGCUGAUAUUAAGCUAA